AUGUUUCGCAAAAUUAACGUUGUGAAAUCGAUCUUUGGUGCUGUGUACUCAUCCACUGAAGCAUCUGCAACAUCAAAUGUUUCACACAGAGUGAGUAUUUUUUUGUUAGUAAUCUGGAACAUGAAUUUUUUUUAAGUUUGUAAAAAAUAUAUCAUCACCAUGAAACAAUAUCGAUGUAUUUUCUAACAUACAUUUGUUAUAUUUUGUUAUAGGUGCAGCAAUUUAGGGAGUUGUUAAACAAAACAGAUAAUAAUGACAUACUUACAGAUUCAUUUGGAAGACGUCAUACGUAUUUACGUAUUUCUAUCACUGAACGUUGUAAUCUACGAUGUGAGCAUUGAUUAAGUAAUAUUUACUGCUUUAAUUAGAGAUAUUUUCAUAAAGUAUCGUGUAAAUUUACAAAGUGUUAAUCUUGUAGGCUUAUAUUGUAUGCCAGCAGAAGGAGUUAAGUUGACAAAAAACGAUGGCAUUUUAAGGACAGAUGAAAUAAUUAAAAUAGCUGAAUUGUUUGUAAAUGAAGGUGUAACUAAGAUACGUUUGACUGGUGGUGAACCAACUGUUAGAAAAGAAAUUGUGGAUAUUAUUGCUGGCUUGAAACAACUAUCUAAUUUAAAACAAGUUGCAAUUACUACUAAUGGAUUGACAUUAACACGCCAAUUACCAUUACUUCAACGUGCUGGGCUAGAUGCAAUAAAUAUUUCAUUAGAUACUCUAAGAGAAAAUCGUUUUGAACAGUUUACUCGUCGAAAGGGAUGGUCCAGAGUUAUGGCUGCAAUUGAUCUUGCUAUUCAAUUGGGUUAUAAUCCGGUAAAGAUCAAUUGUGUGGUGAUGAAAAACUUUAAUGACGAUGAAAUCAUUGAUUUUGUUAAUUUAACAAGAGAUCGUUCAAUUGAUGUACGUUUUAUUGAAUACAUGCCUUUCCAAGGUAAUGAGUGGAAUGAGAAUAAAAUGGUCUCUUUCAAGACUAUGAAGGAGCUUAUUAGAGAUACAUAUCCUGAUUUGCAACGUCUUCCAAAUAAGUACAAUGAUACGUCAAAGGCAUACUUUAUACCUGGAUUCACAGGACAAGUUGGAUUCAUUACAUCAAUGAGUGAUCAUUUUUGUAACUCAUGCAAUCGACUGAGAAUAACAGCAGAUGGACAUUUAAAAGUUUGUUUGUUCGAAGGUAAAGGCGAAGUGUCUCUUCGAGAUGCGUUACGUAGCGGAGCGUCGACUGAUAUUUUAAAACAAAUGAUUAGGGAAGCAGUAUGGUUUAAAAAGAAGCAACAUGCAGUUACAAAGAAAUAUGUACAUCUUGAAAAUUUACAAAAUAGUGUACCACAACGGUAUUUAAUGGAUCGCGUGAGACCACAGUUUGCAAGUGUAAGAUCGUUUUCGUCACUCUCACAUGUGGAUCAAAGCGGCAAAGCAAGCAUGGUAGACGUAGGUUCAAAAAACGAUACUAAACGCGUCGCAAUGGCAAGAGGAAUUGUACAAGUUAAUUCAGUAAUAAGUAAAUUGAUAGCUGAAAAUAAUGUAAAGAAAGGCGAUGUAUUAUCCGUAGCGCAAUUAGCGGGUAUCGUGGCAGCAAAACGUACUUCCGAUUUGAUACCUUUGUGUCAUCCACUUUCGUUAUCUUAUGCGAAUGUACUUUUGCGUUUGAACGAAGAAUUGCAUCGUAUAGAGAUAACAGCGGAAGUUAGGUGUACUGGUAAAACCGGCGUUGAAAUGGAAGCUCUGACAGCCGUGAGUAUCGCAGCUUUAACAAUUUACGAUAUGUGUAAAUACGCGGCUUCGCCGAUAUCAAUGAAGAUAACCGAUAUCGAGUUAGUUUCAAAAACUGGUGGUACAAAGGGUGAUUUUUUAAGGAAUUAAAUUUUUAUAGUCUACCUUCGAAUACAGUGCAUAAUAUAA